ACGAAGGAGGAAACUCACCCGAGACGAAAACCGAACCAUUCUCGUCAACAAACAACAACGACGAAGAACAGUCCAGUACAAACAACGUUUCGUUUUAUUGGAUUUCAUGACAACCAGAUUGGAUGUUUCCGCUCUUUCUCCUCGUAAUAAUCCUUUCUUCUCCGGCAAUCGUCUAAAAGGAUUUCGAUUGUUCGUUGACAAAAUUUGGGGAUUUUCGAUUGAUUCCGGAGAAUAUUAGGGCUUUGGAAUUUUAUUACAAUUCAUUUGUUGAAAACAUGAUCAAGAGGAUAUUCGGUAAGAAAAACAACAAGCAACAGCAGAAGAAGAAGAAGAGCGAAGGAGGAAACAGAAGAUUCAACAAUGGAGGUAACGAAGAAGCUGGAAAGAAUUCGACAGAGAAGUUAUUUCAAGAUCAUAGGAUCAUCAAUGGAACCUUAUCUGCCUCUCCUUCCUCGUACGAACUGCUGCCAAGUCUUAAGAAUGCUCCAUUUUCGGACAAGGAAUCUUUGUUCAUCCGCAAGCUGAAGAUGUGCUGCGUCGCAUUCGAUUUUUCGGAUCCGUCGAAGGAUGUAAGAGGGAAAGAGAUGAAAGAGCAGACAUUGAUCGAGCUAGUCGAAUUCGUGUCGCGUUCGGAUUUUGAAUUGUCCGAAACCGCCAAAAACGAGGCGGUCCGGAUGGUGUCCGCCAACAUUUUCCGCGAGUUCCACCCGCAGCUGCGGGCCGAAAAGCCCGUUGACGGUGUCGAUUUGGACGAGGAAGAGCCCGCGGCCGAUCCCGCAUGGCCUCACCUCGAAUUCGUAUACGAAUUCUUCCUACGGUUUGUCACGUCAGCUGAACUUGCCACAAUCGAUCGAACCUUCGUUCUCAAGCUCCUCGAUUUAUUCGACUCCGAAGAUCCGCGGGAGCGCGAUUAUUUGAAGACGAUAUUGCACCGCGUCUACGGGAAGUUCAUGCCGCACCGGCCCUUCAUCCGGAAGGCGAUCAACGACGUGUUCUACGACUUCGUGUACGAGUCCGAGAAGCACAACGGUGUCGCGGAGUUCCUCGAGGUUCUCGGGAGCAUAAUCAAUGGCUUCUCGUUGCCGCUUAAGGAAGAGCACAAGUUAUUCCUAGACCGGACUUUGAUGCCGUUGCACAAACCGAAGGGUUUGGCGACGUACCAUCAACCACUGUCGUAUUGCGUUCUUCAGUUCGUCGAGAAAGACGGGAAGCUCGCUGACAUCAUCCUCCGUCGCCUCGUUAAAUACUGGCCUGUCGCCAAUAGCUCGAAGCAAGUCCUGUUUCUUAACGAGGUCGAGGAAGUCUUAGAAAUGACGCAGCCCGCGGAGUUCCAACGAUGCAUGGUGCCGUUGUUUCGGCAAAUCUCCCGAUGCUUGAGCAGCUUGCACUUUCAGGUUGCCGAGAGGGCGUUGCUAUUGUGGAGCAACGAGCGCGUCGAGAACAUGAUCAAGAUCAAUCGGAAGGUGAUUCUCCCGAUCGUUUUUCCGUCGUUGGAGAGAAAUGCGAGGCAGCAUUGGAACCAUGCUGUCCACGGGUUGUCUCUUAAUGCGAGGAGGAUUUUUCAGGAACUCGACCCCGAUCUUUUUGGCGCGUGCCGAAUGAAGUUUCAGGAAGACGAGGCGAGAGAAGGUGGGAUCAGGGAGAAGCGCGAGACGAUGUGGAGACGGGUCGAAGAACUUGCGAAAAAUCGAGUCGAGUUAUGAACAACUAAGUAGUCGAGCCCUGUUGCUAGAACAGGGCCGGGCUGGGAUGGCUCCGCUGUUUUUUCAUCUGUCGUGUGUCGAAUUUAAUUUAAAUUUUUUUUUUUAUAUAUAUAACUUGGAAAAUCUACAGUCGCUACUUUCGACCAAACAAAUUUACAUUUAAUUUUGGAAUUUCAUGAAAUC